CUUAAUACUGUCAUUUCUUCUCCGUCCACAGCGAAUUCUUCAUCUACCUCAAUCGGCUGGCAUUGGACGAUUCCAAGUUUGCCAUCAACAUGGCGACCGUGUUUGCCUCCCGCCAACUGGACGACCUGGUCAUAAAGGAAACCAAACUGCGUAAUGCCAUGCUCACGAUCCUGCAGGAGAACUUUCGCACCAUAGAGGAACUGAAGCGAGAAGGGGUUAGGAGAUUCUACAAUUCGGUUACGUUGCUUGGGGAGUAUUACAAUCGGAAACGGUUCGUCAAUGGAAAGCGGAUAUUGAUUCUGGGUCAGAGCUUAUUGCUUUUGUUGACGACGGAACUGGAGAAGGAAAUCAAAAAAUGCGAGGAAACUAGCGGCUACACGAUAGAUCCGGACUUUGCCAAGUUGAUACUGUCGCAGAUGACGCUGAAUGGGGGAGAGGCAAAAGUGGAGCACCGACAAGAAGUAGAUGAUCUCAACUACUCGAUACGAAAGUGUCUGAUCAAUGUGUCCAAUAUGCUGCCCAGGACGAAGGCCUAUCUCUUGAUGGCUUUGGAUUUGUUCUACACGAACUUUAAUUUGAGCUCGACUCUCUUGGAGAAGCUUUACGGGAAACAUUUAUUUGAGCCAGAUGAGGACACUUCGACAAAGGGACCGGAUUCAGAGAAUAAGGUCGAUAAAAAGACGGAGAGUUCUGUCCCAAGUCAACCCGCACCGCAGACAAAGUCGAAUGAUAGCAGUUCAAAAACUGCACCGAAGAAAACUCCAGAAAAGACUGACAAUGCAAAAAAGCAUACUACUAAGAGCGGAAAUUCUGCAAAACCUAGAAAGAAGGAAGUGAAGGCAGAUACUGUCAAACCUCCUCCGAAUAAGUCACCCAUCGCAUCACCGAAGAAGCCUUCCACAAAUACCACGCGGAAACCUACCGCAUGGAACCAGACCUCACCCAAGAAAGACCAACGGGCAAAGCCAGCGUCGGUGCCGAAAACCCCUCCGCAAAGGAAAAACCUUAGCGAAAGACUUAAACCCGUCACGCCGGACCAGAGCUCUCCCAAGAAUCACGUGCCCAGUCCGAAACCGGCCAAAACACCGGAAAAUCCGUCGGUCCUGAAGCAAAACUGCAAACCGUCCCCGAAAAGUGCCGUAAGCCCUGGCCAGGGCUCCAACUCGCCGGGCAGCACGGUCAACAUGAAACUAUCGAUGCCGAGCCCGCGGAGCAACCACGAGGACAACGUGGAAAAUCUCGCCUGGGACGAUCUCACGCUGGACGACGAAUCGCCACAGAAGCUGCACCCGCACACCAAAUCGUUUCUGAACUUUCUGGCGCAAAAGUGAAACGGCCGAACGUAGCGAUUGUACGUAAACCACAGCAUCACCGGAGGCGAUGAUAGAUCAACCAGUUGUGCCUUUCUGUGCAUUUUAAUCAAUUGUCUGUGUUAAAUGUCAUCUUGUGAUAUUGCACGUUUGUACGGAGUAAGAGUUUUAUUGUAUCGUAGUGACGCCAGCCAAAAGGGGAGAAACUCGUACGGGCUUUCUUUCCGAUGGAGGAUGAAAAAGAAACUAGCAACAAUACUGAUAAGUGGCAUGUAAUUCUUUUCAAUGAUAGUUUUUAGAAUUUUUAUACUUUUUAAUGUCUGUCUGUCGGUUUAAAAUUGGAUACACAUGUUUGUUCAAUUUGAAAUUGAAAGUGUUUCUCUGCUGCAUUUGUCUCUUGAAACUUAAACGAUACUUAAAACCUAUCAAUUGUAUAAGUGUAUAUUAGGAUACUAAAAUUCGAACAAAGUGAAAACAAAACAAGGGAGAUGUAGACUUUUUUUUUAAUGAUCGCGCGCGGUUUGGAAAAUAUAAAUACGGGCGGCGCACCUAGCGAUUUUUAACUAUGUUUCACCACAACGUUUGACUGCAUCUCUCGUGCUCGGGAUAAAAUGACAGUUUUAGCACAACGCCCACAAGAGACAAAAAAUGUACAACGCAUAUUUCAUUUUGUAGGUUAAAAAGUUAUGAUUGUAGAUAAAUAAAAAGAAAGGUUUAAAGAAA